AACAUUUUGGUAGAAUGUUAGAAACUUGUAUCAAUGAAUUUGAUAUGGAAGAUAUGCAAUCAAAAAUCACACAACAAAUACCUAUGGGAUCUAAUAUUUCUCUUUCAAAUGUUGUGAUAUUGGAACCUGGUAAACAACUUAAUUGUGAUGAUAAUGUUCAUGCAGCUUGUGAAAUGUAUCAUGAUGAUUUAUCGCUUGGUAAUGAUGACUGUCUAUAUGUUACAUGUGACCAAGUAAUUUUUGGAAGAUUAAUCUCCUAUAAAGAAGCUCACAGCGACGUACAACUUAUUUUAGGACAGUGGCACAUAUCUAAAGAUAUGU